UGUUAUCGAUGGUUGACACCAGGGCUGCAGGCAAGCUGUGCCACCUCUAACCAAUACAAAAAACACUGAAAUUUUCGAAGUUGUUGUUUUCCUGCACCACUCCCCGCGACAUUUGUUUAUAAACAAAACCGGACGAGCGAUGUCGGCAUCCGCUGAGAGCCUGGCCGCCGCCGCCGCGCUGGACAAGUACGGCGACGAGGACCUCUUCAGCCUGCUCAUCCGCUACGGCCUCUAUGUGGGAGCACUGUUCCAGUUCCUAUGCAUCUCCGCCGCGGUGCUGAUGGAGAACAACCCGGACAGUGGCAGUAAUCCGGAGUCCGGGGAGGUGACGGAGCGGGAGGGCGAGCCGGUUAGGACGCGGCUGCACAAGAUCCGGAAGCUGGAGAAGAAGAAGCGGCGAUAGAUCUAGUCCCCUCACUCCAUAGUUGUAGUUAGGCUAAGCCCAAUCCACACUCGAAUGCAUUUAAUAAGCGGAAAAUAAAAUCUAAACUAUGGAAAUGUA